UUCCGGUGGCCGGGCUGCGCCGCCUCCAGCCGCUGGCGCUUUCCUCUGCAUCUUCCUAACCCCUCGCGACAGCCGCACAGCAAAGGCUCCCUUCCUCGCCUUGCCCAGCGCGCUUCGUUCGCUAGGAGCAAUCCGGUCUCAGAAACAGGUUGGCCCUCCAGAGGGACCCCUUGCCAGCUGCCCCACCCACCGACCCAGAGGUGCAACCAUGGGUCUGAAUCCUGCCCUGCUACUCCUAGGUGUUUUCAGCCUGGCCAGACCAACCAAGGGUGAGAGCUCAGCCCCCACUCCCAUUACAUGCUAUACAAGAGGGCUAGACAUCAGAAGUGAGACAGCACGUGUCCUCUGUCCAGCAAACUGUCCUUUAUGGCAGUACAAUGUCAUUGGAAAUGUUGUUUAUGCCUCCUUGUCUAGUGUCUGUGGAGCUGCUGUUCACAGAGGUGUGAUUACUAGUUCAGGUGGACCUGUAAUGAUGCAAAAGUUAGCAGGACAAGAGAGCUAUUCUGGAAUAUAUGCCAAUGGAAUCCAGUCUCAAGGGCUCGGUAGAUGGACAUCGUCAUUCUCAGUUGCCAGAGCAAAUAGUAAAGCACUUGAAGCGGCUGCACGGCCAGUUUCAACAGCACGCCCAUCCACAGGUAAACGGCCUAAGAAGCCUCUUGAGAAAAAAUCUGGGAACCAAGACUGUAAAGCGGAUAUUGCUUUUCUGAUUGAUGGAAGCUACAAUAUUGGGCAGCGUAGAUUUAAUUUGCAGAAGAACUUUGUUGGGAAACUAGCGGUGAUGCUGGGAGUUGGAUCUGAAGGACCACAUGUGGGAGUUGUACAAGCCAGUGAGCAUCCAAAAAUUGAGUUUUACCUGAAAAACUUCACUACCGCAAAAGAUGCUUUAUUUGCCGUAAAAGAGAUAGGCUUCAGAGGAGGCAAUUCCAAUACAGGAAAAGCCUUGAAGCACACAGCACAAAGAUUCUUUUCUAUAGAAAAUGGGGUACGCAAAGGGAUCCCCAAAAUCAUUGUAGUUUUCAUAGACGGCUGGCCAUCAGAUGAUAUUGAAGAAGCUGGCAUAGUUGCCAGAGAAUUUGGCAUUAAUGUAUUCAUUGUGUCCAUUGCAAAACCCGCACCUGAAGAACUUGGGAUGGUUCAAGAUGUUAGCUUUGUUGACAAGGCUGUUUGUCGAAACAAUGGCUUCUUCUCCUACAAUAUACCCACCUGGUUUGGCACUACAAAAUAUGUGAAACCUCUUGUUCAAAAACUGUGUGCUCAUGAACAAAUGCUCUGCAGCAAGACUUGCUACAACUCAGUCAACAUAGCCUUCCUGAUUGAUGGUUCCAGCAGCGUUGGAGACAGCAACUUCCGUCUCAUGCUUGAAUUUAUUGGUAAUGUUGCCAAAGCAUUUGAGAUCACAGAUAUCGGUUCCAAAAUUGCAGCAGUACAGUUCACUUAUGACCAGCGCACUGAGUUCAGCUUUACAGACUACAACACGAAAGAGAAGGUUCUUGCUGCUCUUCGAGGAGUUCGUUAUAUGAGUGGUGGUACUGCUACUGGAGAAGCCAUUACCUACGCAACCAGAAAUGUUUUUGGGCCUGUGAAAAAUGGGCCAAACAAAAACUUCCUGGUGGUUUUAACGGAUGGCCAGUCUUACGAUGAUGUUAGAGGGCCCGCUGCUGCUGCUCAGAAAGCAGGUAUAACUGUAUUCUCCAUUGGUAUUGCUUGGGCCCCACUGGAUGAUUUAAAGGAUAUGGCAUCUGAACCAAAAGGAACACACACCUUCUUCUCAAGAGAGUUUACAGGACUGGAGCAGAUUGUUCCGGAUGUUAUUCGAGCCAUUUGCAGAGAUUUCUUGGACUCUAACCAGUGAACGGGAGGCUCCAGGAGAUAAUUUUAUAUCAUCAGGAAAACCAAGAUCUCUUUAUGGUACAAACGUUCUGUUGUUCUAGCACACAACAUUGCAAAUUUGGGGGGUUUGCUUACAAAGGGCUACUAUUCUGCUUUCUAUAAGCAAAACUUCUGCUGAAAUCAGUACAAGUUUUGCUUAAACAAGUAUUGAAGAAUUUGUACCAAAGCUUCCACCAUAUAUGUCUAUUUAACAUCUCUCAAAGUUUAAAGUGAUGCAGAAGUUAUAGUUAAAGUUACUUGAUAUCCAUUUUAUGUAUAUAGAGAAAACAUGCAGUUGAUCCUGGCAUUAAAUGCUGUUAGUUACUUAAAUCUCUCAAAUUAAAAGGAAUAUAAUCUCAGAUAA